GGGGACCCUUGAAAGCACGAUGCAUGACCACAUCAUCGCAGGCCUUUUUAUCGGAGCCUCACUCUUGCACUCACCUAUCGUUUAUCGAUCGAGCAUCUUCCUCCUGUUUUGUUACUCGUGUGCUGCAGUAGCAUGAAAGCUAAGCAGCAGGUGUUGAUGGCUGCAAACGCUUCAUUAGGCUUCCAAGAUGCCAUGGACAGAAUCUGGUUCCAUAGGAACAUUCUUUUCUUGGCGCCUACUGGAUUAGACCUCCCCGCGAUGAAGAAGAUGACAACCUCGUCAGAGACGCAAAACUCGGAACCGGUUCCACGGUGCAACUCGCACAAGCCUAAAUACAAGAACAAGAGACCAACAACAUUGGUUCUCGGUUUGCGAGAACCGCCUACGGGAGUACUCCGGUCAUGUCCUUCGUUCCCGACGACGAGUUCAGAUCUCAAGCGUGAGAGCAGGAGCGACAGAAGAAGAAGCAGAAGAAGAAGAGCGAUGAGCAGGUCGCGAAGCUCCAGGAGCGUGACGGAGCUGGAGAACUACGAAGUGAAGGGUUUCAUGGACCUGGGUUUUGUGUUCCGGAAGGAGGAGUUGAGCAUGGAGAUCAUGAACAUAAUCCCAGGGCUGCAGCGGCUGGGAAAGGAAGGGAGAGAUGACGAGGCAAGCAGAGAGGAAAAGGAAGAGGACGAAGGCGUGGAGAGGCCAUAUCUUUCUGAGGCCUGGAUGAGACAUGAUCUCUCAGUCGUCAGCCCAUCGCUGCAGCCGAGAUCUCCGUAUGGAGCUGACAUGAAGAGGCAACUCCGUUUCUGGGCCAGAGAGGUGGCUUCUGUCAUCCACCACAAAUAUGUCGAGAACUUGUAAGUCUUACGAAUACACAUAAUUAUACGAUCUCAAAGUAAUUAAUCUCACUUCUAUGAAUCAAAUGGGUAUUAUAUUUUCUAUUGGAUAGGAUUAGAAGAAAGUGUGUUGUCAUAACCCUUCAUCUCUAUCGACAGUUCUCAGGAGAACCCCUAUUUUGUGUGUGUACAUGUAUGCGUGUAAUGUAUGAUAUGAUAGUUGACGAUGUAAAAUCUGUGUGAAUGAACUCUCUUAAAUAAAUCACAAGUUUGU